UGGGGGGGGUGUGUGUGUGUGUGUGUGUGUGUGUGUGUGUGUUGUGUGUAUGUUACUAUAAUUACCCUUGUAUAAACACCCACUGUGUACCAGUCCUGCAUCCCUCAGUCUAGACAAGACAGAAACCCCUUCAUUACACACACACACACACACACACACACACACACUGCUGUCUGACUAUAAAUAACACAAAAUAGCUUCACUCACUUCUAUAGGUCAAUGUAUUGUGUGUGUGUGUGUGUGUGUGUGUGUGUGUGUGUGUAUUUACUGUGUGUAGUCCAGUUCUGCCUUAGCCCCGCCUCCUAAUGCUGCCCAAUCAGAAGAAAUAUAGGCAAACCCUCCACAGAAUUCUGAAUCAGACACACACACACACACACACACACACACACAAACACACACACACACACAUAUGCAAAGCAGCAUUUUGGCUGCAGAGAGAGAGAGAGAGAGCGAGAGAGAGAGUAAAUUAUGUAGUGUAAGCCCCUCCCCCUCUUUUCAUGUUAGUUCCCCCCCUUUAAUGCCACGUGGUACGAUCCAACCCACAUACACCAGCCGGCGAAAGGAGAGAGAGAAACAGAGAGAAAGAAAGAGAGAGAGAGAGAGAAGCGUUUUGGUUCAUUCAGAGAGAGAUCCUGCAGAGAAACCAGCACAGCUGCAGAUUCCCGCGGAGAUUCGGGGCAGAGCAUUCUCUCGACCCAGCGCUCUCUCCCAGGAACCCCCAUCUCACACAAACACUUCCCCAUCGACCUUAGAACAUCCAUGGACGGGAAGUAUAAAGACAUCGCUGAGGAGCUGCUGGCUCGCAGUCUGGCGGACAGUGAGAUGCGCAGCGCUCCAUACGAGUUUCCAGAGGACAGUCCAAUCGAACAGCUGGAGGAGAAACGCCACCGAUUAGAGAGACAGAUCAGCCAGGACAUCAGGCUAGAGCCGGAGAUUCUGCUGAGAGCCAAACAGGACUUCCUGAAAAUCGACAGCACAGCUGAUCUGGAGAAUCUGAAAGAUCAGGAUGAGGUAACGGUGGACUAUGCUCCUAAAGAGCUGCUGGUGGAGAGAGAGUUUCAGCGCGUCUCCAUCUCUGGAGAGGAGAAGUGUGGGGUUCCCUUCACUGACCUGGUGGACGCGGCGGAGUGUGUGGUCAGAGCUCUGUUUAUCAGAGAGAAGUACAUGUCCGAGUCUCUGCAGGGCUUCUGCAGCACCACCGCCCGCCUGCUGCAGGACCUGUCCGACCGCCCACUGCACUGCAGCCCACAGGGGGCGGAGCCUGAGACACCUGUAGCUGCAGAUGCUCCAGUGCACCCUCCGGUCAGUCGGACUCACCCCUAUGAGGGUCAGGACCCCAAGAAUCUGCCUUCAGACGUGGGCUACACCUGCAAGAUGGUGGACGGAGUGGUCCAUGUUUAUACCAAACGCAGCCCUCUGGACAAGACUACAGAGCUGGAUCUGCCGUAUCCUAACCUGCAGGACUACAUCGCUGAUAUGAACGUAAUGAUGGCUCUCAUCAUCAACGGCCCGGUGAAGUCGUUCUGUUAUCGGCGGCUGCAGUACCUCAGCUCCAAGUUCCAGAUGCACAUCCUGCUGAACGAGAUGAAGGAGCUCGCGGCCCAGAAGAAAGUCCCUCACCGAGACUUUUACAACAUCCGUAAGGUGGACACACACAUCCACGCCUCCUCCUGCAUGAAUCAGAAGCACCUGCUGCGCUUCAUUAAACGCGCUAUGAAGAAGUAUCCGGAGGAGAUUGUGCGCAUGGAGGGUGGGCGGGGCCAGACGCUGAUGGACGUAUUCGAGAACAUGAACCUGACGGCCUACGACCUCAGCGUCGACACGCUCGACAUGCACGCGGACCGGAACACGUUCCACCGCUUCGACAAGUUUAAUUCCAAAUACAACCCGAUCGGAGAGUCCAUCCUGCGGGAAAUCUUCAUCAAAACUGACAACCAUAUCCACGGCAAAUACUUCGGCCACAUCGUGAAGGAGGUCAUGUCUGAUCUGGAGGAGAGUAAGUAUCAGAACGCUGAGCUCCGUCUGUCCAUCUACGGACGCUCGAGGGACGAGUGGGACAAACUGGCUCUGUGGGCGACGACACACUCCGUCUACUCCCCCAAUGUCUGCUGGCUCGUUCAGAUCCCACGCCUGUUUGAUGUGUAUCGCAGUAAGAGGCAGUUGGGGAAUUUUCAGCAGAUGUUGGAGAAUAUUUUCCUGCCUCUGUUUGAGGUGACGGUUAACCCCCAGAGCCACCCAGACCUGCACCUGUUCCUGCAGCAUGUGGUGGGUUUUGACAGUGUGGAUGAUGAAUCGAAGCCGGAGCAUCACGUGUUUAAUCUGGACAGCCCUCUACCUGAGAACUGGACUGAGGAGGACAAUCCUCCCUACUCCUACUACCUGUACUACACCUACGCUAACAUGACCGUACUGAACCACCUGCGCAGGAGGCGGGGCUUCCACACCUUUGUGCUGCGACCUCACUGUGGGGAGGCGGGGCCUAUUCACCACCUGGUGUCAGGAUUUAUGCUGUCUGCUAACAUCUCGCAUGGACUUCUGCUGAGAAAGGCUCCUGUGCUGCAGUACCUGUACUACCUGGCCCAGGUGGGCAUCGCCAUGUCCCCCCUCAGCAACAACAGCCUCUUCCUCAGUUACCAUAGAAACCCGUUGCCGGAGUACCUGUCCCGUGGACUGAUGGUGUCGCUGUCCACCGACGACCCUCUGCAGUUCCACUUCACCAAGGAGCCCCUGAUGGAGGAGUACAGUAUUGCAGCUCAGGUGUGGAAGCUCAGCUCAUGUGAUAUGUGCGAGUUAUCCCGGAACAGUGUGCUGAUGAGCGGCUUUUCACACAAGACGAAGAGGUACUGGCUGGGUCCGGAUUAUUCCCGCGAGGGUCCGGAGGGGAACGAUAUCCGGCGCUCGAACGUUCCGGAUAUCCGGGUGGCGUUCCGACAUGAGACGCUGUGUGAGGAGCUGCAGCUGAUCACCCACGCUGUUCAAACACAGGGCCUGGAGAGCGUUCAGGAGGACGCCCCGCUCACCAUGAACCCUUUACCUUCUGCACGCUGAACACACACACACACACACACACACACACACACACGUAAACUCUCCACAAAGCCAAGGAUUACUGCAGGUGCCUCUGUCUUGUCCAGCAUGCUAUUAUUACCUCUCUCUCUCUAUCUCUCUCUUUCUCUCUCUCUCUUUAUCUCUCUAUCUCUCUUUCUUUUUAUUUUUUUCACUAUCUGUAUCUCCUUUUCUCACUCUCUCUCUCUCGCUAUAUAUUUACAUAUGAUAUAAUAGGAUUUUCUUUCUCUUUCUCUCUCUCUGUCUCUUUCUCUCUCUCUCUGUGUCUCUCCCUCUCUUUAUAAUUUUCUCUUUCUCUCUUCUCUCUACAUAUAUAUGACUCUCUGAUUUUCUGUCUCUCUCUCUUUCUGAAUUUCUCUCUCUGUCUCUCUCUGUCUCUCUCUUUUUCUUUGAUAUUAUCUUUCUCUUUCAUCUCUUUACUUCUCUCUGUAUCUCUUUCUCUUUGUGAUUUUUUUGUUUCUUUCUCUUUCUGUGUCUCUUUCUCUAUUUUAUUUUCUCUUUUUCUCCCUCUUUGAUUUUCUCUUUCUCCCUCUUUUUUUCUUUCUCUCUUUCUUUCUCUCUCUUUGAUUUUCUCUAUCUCUAUAUAUUCUUAUUUUUCUUUCUUUCUCUCUUUGAUUUUCUAUCCCUCUCCUCUCUUGUUCUCUCUCUCUCUCUCUUUCCCUCUCUUUAAAUUUCUCUCCCCAGUCUCUCUUUCUCUCCCUCUUUCAUUAAUUUUCUUUCUCUCUCUCCUUUUUGCUUUCUUUCUCUUUCUCUCUCUCUCUCUCUCUCUCUCUCUCUCUCUCUCUCUGAUUGGUUGUUGGGUGGAGGGGGGCGGGUGGUGGUACUCAGUUCUGCUGCUGUAGUGGAUCAGAGCUGGAUGAUUCACAGUGUGGCUGUAGUGACGCUGCGGCGCCCCCUGCUGUUCAGGACUCUUCUUCUGCAGGUUCUGGAGAAAUCUGCUAGUGUGUCCUCUAGUAGCUAGUGUGUGUGUUUUCUGACGCAUGCUGCCCCCCCUACACACACACACACACAUCACACACACAUAUACACACACUAGGGCUGCACGAUAUUGGACAUAUUGGAAAACUGACAUUUUACAUUUCAGUAUGUUUAAUAUGUUGUUUUGUGAUAAUUUAGAGAAAUUACAGAUGAGAAAACUGGAGUUAAAAUCUGCUGCAGGAAGACGUCUGGCUGACCCACAUGGAAACAGCAGCUUUAGCCUUUAGCUCUUUAGAUUAACAUGAUUAAGGACUGAGUCUCAGUUUCAGAACUGCAUUGAUAAAAAAAAAAAGAUAAAUAAAAAUAGAGCAGCUUUUCUGGGUCAUACAAGAGAAAUGAGGACAGUGUGAACGUUUCUAUUGCUUUACGCUUUUAUAAUUGUGAUUAUUAUCGAUAUAUUGUGCAGCCCUAACACACACACACACUAUUUAAAACACAAUUAUUGAUACGUCCAGAGUCUUGCUGCCUUACGAAACACAAACACAGACACACAUCUGACCAUUUCCUUUUCUAAACACACUUAUAAACAUUCCCCUGUAUGUGUGUGUGUGUCCUGUUCUAUUGUUCUAUUCUUAUUUCAGUCUUGUUUUGUUUUAAGUUUUUUAUUUUUAAUUGUUUAGCCAAAUAGUUGUUUUUGUUUACUAGUAGCAGAGAAGACAAACAAACAAAAACAGACUGUUUACAAACUGACUCCAAAUGUGAAGAUGUGUCUGAUCUGAUCACAGUCUGAUCAGUCUCACCGAUUAUGCUGUGUCUCCACCGCACACUGACUCACUCACACACACUCACACACUCUCACACACACACACACACACACACACACACAGAUCCGUGAGUGUGUAAAUUUUACACUUUUGUAGCUACGAAUGAAGGGACACAACGCACACAUCAUCACUGUCCAAUGAAAAACGUGUAUCUCAAAAACUUAAGCAACUUUACAGGACAGAGAUAUCUAUAACUCUCUUAACUUUUAAUGAAAGUUGAUUUCCAGUUCGAAUCCCAGUCAUGCAGCGUGCCAUCAGCUGCCAGAGCCCUGAGAGAACACAAUUGUAGAGCCUUGCUCUUUCUGGGUGGGUACAGUACAGUAGAUGGCGCUCUUCUUUCCCCCUUUAUCACUCCGAGGGUGAUUUGGAUCAGCACAAGGCUGCGUCUGUGAGCGGAUGUAUCAGAACCACCGAGUCGCUGCGCUUUCCUCCGAGCGUUAGCGCUGUGAUGCUACUCUGCAAUGCUACAGCAUCAGCAGCAGCUCAAAAAGAGGCGGAGUCUGACUUCACAUGUGUCGGAGGAGGCGUGUUAGUCUUUACGUGUUGGAGCAUCACUAGUGAUAGAGGGAAUCCUAAUGAGGUAAUUGGAUGAGUGUAAAUUGGAAAAUAAAAUUAUAAAAGUAAUUUUGGAGAAUUUCUAUCGAUCCAUCUUUCAAGAAAUUUUGACACAGUGUAGGGGAUAGUUUAAAUGUGUUUAAAUUAUGUAAUAAAUUAUGUAGAAAACUAAAAAUCAUCAAAAAUGGAGAUUCUUGUUUUUCAUUGGACAGCAACGAUAAGCACACCUAAUGGCUGGUUUAUAAAAACUAGCAUUUAAAGGAAAGUAAGUAAAUUUGUAUUUGGUAGAUGUUUGGUAGAUUUGGUAUUUUUUGUUACUUCUUGGUAAUAAAUCUUAUACAGUUGGAAAUCCUAUUAAUUUAUUUCUUUUUUAAAUGCAAGGAACAUGAAUUUGUGGGAUGAGCCAAUAAAAAAUUUGCUUCAAAUCUUCUCUGCUAAUAAUAAACAGCUUAGAUCAUCAAACACUGAACGAGUCGAUGGCAGAAUAAGAAUAAUGGUGCUGCCACUAUGAUUGGGAAAUCGCUGGUUCGAAUCCCGGUCAUGCAGCUUGCUAUCAGCUGCCAGAGCCCUGAGAGAGCACAGUUGGCCUUGCUCUCUCUGGGUGGGUACAGACAGUAGAUGGUGCUCUUUUUUCAACUCAUCACUCCUAGGGUGAUGUGGAUCAGCAAAAGGCUGCAUCUGUGAGCUGAUGUAUCAGAACCGCAUUGCUGAGCUUUUCUCCGAGUGUUAGCGCUGUGAUGCUACACCAUUUAAAAGAGGAAUUAACAGGCUUUUCAAUGGUAUAAGUUUUAUUCAAACACAAAUUUCCUUACUUUCUGUGCUACGUUUACUUCUGCAUCAAGACAAUAUGUUGUCUACGGUGUGGCCUGUGCGAGCGCCCUAUGCAACUGUGCACAUUUAUAUUUGUGCAGUCAUGUAAAGGUGGGAACACAAGGCUCAGCGGACCAAUCACAGCUGCUGGGAGGUGAUUGUCAGGCUACAGCGUAGGGUACGUGUAGGUUUGAUGCAGAAGUAUAAAUUGGUCUUAAGGUGUAGGUUCUAGGUAUUAUCUGGGUGGAGCAUCUAUGAUGUAGAUACUGAAGGGUGUAGGUUCUAUUCUCUUAUAUGUUGAGUCAAACACUUGUGCUCUUUUUUAAAGAAUGUAGGAUCUAGAUUGUGGGCUCUACAUUCAAUAGAGUAGGAUUUAAAGUAUAGGUUCUAUACUCUAGGAUAUAAGGUCUAGGAAGUAGACUCUGUGUAAUGAAGUAGGGUUAAGUACGGUCUAAAUUGUAGGCUUUUUCUAGAAUAUUGAGUCUAGAUUGUAAUUCUAAGGUAUAAGAGGUAGGGUCUGGGCAGUAGGAUCUAGGAACUACAGUGGGUUAGUGGUCUUGACAUAACCUUAGGGUUGUAGGGUCGGAUAGGGGUUUGGGUAGUUCAUAUGUACUGUAAUUCUGUUUAUAGAGCUUUGAUCUCCUGCAGAGAUAUAUCUGUCUAAGGUUAUGAUUUAGGAUAAAGCUUAUGGGUGUAGGCAGUAGGUUAUAGGUUCUAAGGUAUAGUUUCUGGAGUUAUAUAUUUGGAAAAGUGGGGGUGCAAUUAAGUCAGACUCUGGAGUUUGUGAUGUUAAAUCCAAUGUCCAAACUAUGAAGUAUAAAAUGUAGAUUGUUGGAUCUAGACUCAACCAUUUAGCAUAUAGGUGUUCCAGAGUAUUAGUCAUAGAUUAUAGGGUCUAGACUCUAGGGUAUAGGGUGUAUAUCUAUUGUCUAGGCUCCAGAUGACUGGUAGAUUAUUGGGUCUGGACUCCAGAGAACUGGUUGUAGAUUAUAGAGUCUAGACCCCAAAGUAUACUAGAGUCUAGAUCCCAGAGUCUUGGUUGUAGAUUGUAGGUUCUAGACUCUAGGGUGAGAAUUGUAAAGUUUAGACUUUAAAGUACUGGUUCUAGAAUAUAGGGUAUACACUCUAGGCUAUAUUGUUUUGACUCUAAAGUCUAGACUUUAGAGUAUUGGUCAUAGAUUAUAGGGUCUAGACUCUUGGAUACAGGAUGUGGAUUCUAGAGUCUAGACCCCAGAGAACUGGUUGUAGAUUAUAGGGCAUAGACUUUAUGCUUUAGAAUAUGGUUUCUAGAGUCUAGACUUCAGAGAACUGGUUGUAGAUUGUGGGCUCCAGACUUUAUAAUACAGGUAAUGGAUUCUAAAGUGUAGGAUGGAGAUUCUGUGAUUAAGAACUGGUUGUAGAUUAUAGGGUCUAGACUCUAGGCUCUAGAAUAUGGAUUCUAGAGUGUAGACACCAUAGUACUGGUUGUAGAUUAUAGGGUCUAGACUCUAGGCUUUAGAAUAUAGAUUCUAGAGUGUAGACUCCAGAGUACUGCUUGUAGAUUAUAGGGUCUAGACUCUAGGCUUUAGAAUAUAGAUUCUAGAGUGUAGACUCCAGAGUACUGCUUGUAGAUUAUAGGGUCUAGACUCUAGGCUUUAGAAUAUGUGUUCUAGAGUCUAGACUCCAGAGUACUGGUUGUAGAUUUUAGGGUCUAGACUCUAAAGUAUAUAGUGUGGAUUCGAAGAAUCUAGACUCUAGAUUACUGGUAGAUUAUAGGGUCUAGACUCUAGGCUUUAGAAUAUGUGUUCUAGAGUCUAGACACCAGAGUACUGGUUGUAGAUUUUAGGGUCUAGACUCAAGGCUAUAGAGCUCAGCUUCAGGUCAGUGUGUGGAGUGUGUGUGGGGUGUGUGUUUGUGUGUGAGCGGGUGGUGUAAGGUUCUCCGGGUGGAGCCGCAGUGAUUUUCUACGUAUGGUUUAAAAAUAAAGAGUAUUUUUUUAGGCUGGAGGAGGAAGAAGGUUAUUCUGGAACCCGUGCAGAACGGUUCUGCUGCAGAGCGUGAAGAUGGAGCGCAGUUUUUAUUUCUAUAAAGUUUGAUAUUUUAUAUGAAGCAUCAUAGCUGCAGUAGUUUAAACUGUCAAUUACACUGAUGUGCCAAAAGUCAUAGGACAGCAAGUAGCAUCGUGUCCCAUGACUUUUGCCAUGCUCUAUGGAAGCUAAAGAGCACUAUACUGACCUGUGGGAUAUGUGUGUGGGGUCUCCUACAUUGAAUUAAUUGAAUUUACACCCACUGCGCUCACUGUCCACUGUGGGAAUGGUAAUAUGACAGCGUGACAUUGUGGAUCAAGGCGCCCACUAUCCCAUGACUUUUGGCAUGUCUGUCUAUUUUAUUCUGUUUUCACCAGAAAGUAGAAAUUCAGUUCUUAGGAAUAAUUAUACAGCAAUAAUAAUAAAAAUACAGUAAAUAUAUUAUAAUCAUUACACAUUUACAGUAUCAUAUUAAACAGUUUACAUUUAUUUUACACUUCUCUUAUUUUACGUUUUUAAAUCUGUGUAAUUGUUUAUGUGAAUAUGAAAAAAAAACUGAUUUAUGUUUGUUAUUUUAAACCUUUAUUAAGAUCUGUAUGGUUUUUUUUAAUUAUAAUUUCUGUUUAUUGAGUUUAUACGAAGGCGAUGUCGCCGCCCUUGUGGCUGAUGGAUGCAGAUGAUUACAUGCCUGUUGAAUGGAAAUGUUCACUGAGAUCUAAUAAAGCAUGAAUUCAUCAUCA